GCCAAUAAACACCAAAGCAGAAGAAGAAGCAUCGAGGUUUUAACUUCCGCCCUGAGUUGCCUCGGUGGUCGGUGUGAUCGUGACGUGUAUUACCGAGGAGUUCCUCAAAUUGUACAGCUAACAGUUAUGUGCCUACAAUGAAGUUAGACUGUUUAGUUACCUUUGAUAUUAAAUGAUUCACGGAGGACAAAUUAAAGCGCAAACUGUGUCUGGUAGGUAUUUUGGGAGCCAUAAUGCCUCUCCUGGUCGGCGGAGAGGACCGACGGGCUGAUAGAAAUGUGAUGCGCGUCUUGUUUCUGCUCGCCACCGUGUUGUUGUUGUCGGUCGGAGUUGCUGCUGUUCCAGAGGAAAACAAACCUGUCCAAGAGCAACCCCCUCAAGAGAAAGCCGCUAGUCCCCAUCCAAUAGGCCCAGUAAUUUCUGAAGAUGACUCCAGCAAAGGAAACCUGGGUUUCAUCCAUGCCUUUGUGGCCUCUAUCUCUGUCAUCAUCGUCUCUGAGUUGGGAGAUAAGACUUUUUUCAUUGCAGCCAUCAUGGCCAUGCGUUACAACCGUCUCACCGUGCUGGCAGGUGCCAUGCUGGCUCUGGGACUCAUGACCUGUCUGUCUGUGCUGUUUGGCUAUGCCACCACCAUCAUCCCUAGAAUCUACACUUACUAUGUGUCCACCGCCCUGUUUGCCAUCUUUGGUGUGCGCAUGCUGAGAGAGGGGCUGAGAAUGAGUCCAGAUGAAGGCCAGGAGGAGCUGGAGGAGGUGCAGGCAGAGAUUAAGAAGAAGGAUGAAGAGCUUCAGCGGUCCAAGCUGGUUAAUGGGGCUCCAGAUGUGGAGGCUGGAUCAGGGACCGCCAUGCCUCAGGGAAAAUGGCACAGCUUCAUCUCACCCAUCUUCAUCCAGGCCCUCACCCUCACCUUCCUGGCAGAGUGGGGGGACCGCUCACAGCUGACCACUAUUAUUCUAGCUGCCCGGGAGGAUCCAUUUGGAGUUGCAGUGGGUGGAACACUUGGACACUGCAUGUGCACAGGACUGGCUGUGGUAGGAGGAAGAAUGAUUGCACAGAAAAUAUCGGUCAGAACAGUUACAAUCAUUGGAGGGAUAGUUUUCCUGGCGUUCGCCUUCUCUGCCCUGUUCAUCAAGCCAGAUGCUGGAUUGUAAUUGGAUGAAAGACUUUCAGGUUUUCUCUGUACAUACAUGUAAAAUUUGGUAAUGUUGCUGUAGAGAGACUGUAGUUUUGACUCUGUAUGUGUCCAACAGUGUGACAGGCAAAUAGAGAGCCAAAGUCCCGUCCUCCCCUCCUAGCUCUCCUCUGCUCCACUACACGCUGUAACUCAUUGAGGUUGAACACUUCAACAUUUUCUUGUGGUCAGUGUUUUUAUUUUUAUCUAGUACAGUCAGUUGCACACUUCACACAAAGCAGUAGAAACUUUCAGAAAUUCUGAAGAUGUUAAAGCCUCAAUGAGAAGAAAACUAAGUUACAGAGGUUAGCUAGGAGCAGGGAGCAGGACUGUCGCUCUCCAUAUGAGCUGUGUCUCAUCUCAAUGUGUGAGAGAAAGAGGACUGGAUUGUUACUGACUGCUGCCCUCCGACCCUUCUCUAAAAGACUCAGAGCCUGACAUGCAGUACUUCCCUCACACUCAGCCAUCAGUUAAACGCUGAGUCCAUUUGAAAAUCUUUGCCUUUUUGUUUUUCAUUUUGUUUUGUUUUUGUUUUUAAAUGUUUUCUUGUUAAUUUGACAUGAGCCCAGGUGCUGUCAGAUGAGUUACUGUGAACCGAGUGGCCAGUUUCCUCUCACAGGAGUUGGCUGGUGUUGCUUGGUUUAUUCCAUCUUCCUCUCUGGGCGCCAUUUUCUGCCACAAUGCGUUAAGAUGACACAAUAAGCGGGCCUACUUUACAUAAGAUUUUAUUUACCCAGUGUGAGGAAGAACGCUGAAAACAGCAUAUAACUAAGAAACCGUUUUAAGUUGAGGUUUUAUUUCAGGCAGAAACAUCUUUAAAUAUUUCCACUUAGUUAUUCUGUUUCAGUCAUCUUUAUAAGAGACAGAGACCUGAACCACUAGAAUACCUCUACCUACAGUAUGUUGGACUAUCUGUAUAGAUACAGUACCCAGAGAGCUACAAUACAGCUUUAAAUAGAUUAUGUGAUCCUCUUCAGAAUGCUAAUCGCGUAUUGGAGACAUCGAUUAGGGUACUAAAUAUUUCCUGCUUCCAGUUUCUGACGGUGAACAAAACAUGGAUCAAGAAAGGCCAGUACUCACCUAUACUCUUUCUCAGUGAUUAAAGCCAUCAUGUAUGAACCUCGCUGUCUAUUGUUGCAGCCCUGAAUCACAAAAUGAUUACACCAGGCACAGGUUAAAACGACAGUCGCUACUGUGGAAUUUCUCCGACUAAAUCUUCCAGUAUAAGUCACUCCUUUUGUCCCAAGCAGCUGUGUUGUAGUGACGGCUACACCUGAACCAGGCAAUGUAAAUCAAGUCUAUGUUUCACCUGUCUAUUUAAAACACUAUUUAUUUAGCUUCGGAUUCUUUCCUUUUUAAGCACUUGUACUGUCAAAACAGGGAGUGGGAGAGGUCGCCACAAACAAGGAACGGAAAUAUUUUUUUAAAGUGAACAUGCUAAAGCUGCAUUGUCAAUAUUUGACAGGCUGUGCCCAGCUAUGAAAUAACUUCUGUUUGUGAUACAAGUUGAUGGAAAUGCCUAUGAUUCUAAAAUGCUCAAUAAAAAUGUCUCGUGUUGUCUGA